AUGUUGGGCAGGAACGUUCUAGCCGGCGCCUUGUUUGGGCCGUGGCUGGGCCUUCUGCUCUGCUGUGUGUUGACCUCGGUGGGCGCCACGGGCUGCUACCUGCUCUCCAGCGUUUUUGGCAAACAGCUGGUGGUCUCCUACUUCCCUGAGAAAGUAGCCCUGCUGCAGAGGAAGGUGGAGGAGAACAGAAACAGCUUGUUUUUCUUCUUACUGUUUUUGAGGCUUUUCCCCAUGACCCCAAACUGGUUCCUGAACCUGUCAGCACCGAUUCUGAACAUCCCCGUUGUGCAGUUCUUCUUCUCCGUUCUUCUCGGUAAGCCGCUGGCCGAGUACGUGGGCGUCCUCAGAGUUGUCGUGGGGUUACCGGCCACGUGGGUGUGCACCCGCCACUGA